CAUCGGGCUAUUACAUCCCAUCAUCUCGGGGAUAAGACGCGUUCAGGACAUUGAACCUCAAUUCCAUCUCGUUGCAAGGAGAUGUUGUACGAUUCUCAUAGACAGAGGGCUGCGUGCCGUAUGCCGGUACUGCCAGUCAGUGAGAAGCAUGUUUGGGCCAAACAACCCGAUCGCAUUCGUCGGCCCUCCAUCUCCACUAGUCGGGUUAUCAUUGCGUCAUUGGUGGCAUUGUUACUCCUACUAUCAACAUUCCGAUUCGGUUUCUCGCCUUUUCCAGGAUCAUCCGUAGCUUGGUUUAAGCAUGGAACACAUUUCACUCAAGAGCAUUCGCUCGAAUAUCGAGCCAACAAGAUCUUGAGCGAGAAUCCAUUGAUUGAUGGACACAAUGACUUGUUGAUUUCCAUUCGCGUGAGGUAUAAGAACCACGUAAAUAGUCCAGAGUUCAAGGACAUGUUCGAAAAUGGUGGACUACCACAGCAUGUAGACCUUCCAAGGCUAGAUGAAGGUAAAUCAGGCGGUGCCUUCUGGAGUGCUUUUGUGCCGUGCCCAUUCGGAAAUGGUACAGAUUUCUCCGAUGGACAUUAUACCGAACUUGUAAAGACGACCUUCGAACAAUUGGAUCUUUACAAUCGAUUUGGGCAAAGCUAUCCCAAGUACUUCACGCCAUCCAGGAAUAGCCAUGAAGCUGAAGAAGCAUUCAAGCAAGGUCGACUUAUCUCGCCCGCAGGAAUCGAGGGACUUCAUCAAAUUGGCAAUUCGGUUGCAAACCUACGGCUAUUCCACGAACUAGGAGCCAAAUACGCUACUUUAACAUGGAAUUGCCACAACAAGUAUGCCGAUGCCGCAAUAGAAUCAUCUGGCUCUACCUUCAAAUCCAGAGUCGCUACGCCGUACUGGCACGGCCUGAGUCCUGCUGGGAAAGACCUGGUCAAGGAGAUGAACCGCAUGGGAAUGCUGGUCGAUCUCGCUCACGUCAGUAAAGAAACGAUGAAGGAUGUUCUAGUCGGCAACGGGGACGGCGACUGGCAUGGUAGUCUGGCACCACCAAUCUUCAGUCACAGCUCUGCCUACAGUGUAUGUCCGCAUCCACGUAACGUUCCCGACGACAUACUGCAGUAUGUGAAGCAGCGCAACUCGAUUGUGAUGAUCAACUUCAAUCCCGACUUCAUUUCCUGUGUUCCGGGCAAUAAGCCAUCAGGGCUACCAGACCUAUACCCGGCGAACGUUACGCUAAAUCAGGUGGUUCGACAUAUCAAACAUAUUGGCGAAUUGAUCGGCUAUGACCAUGUCGGCAUUGGAACGGACUUCGACGGCAUCGAAUCCGGACCAACUGGCCUAGAAGAUGUAUCGAAAUUCCCAAACCUCGUGAAGGAACUGCUGAAGCAGGGUGUGAAAGACGUAGACGUUGCGAAGAUCGUCGGUCGCAACCUGCUGAGAGUUUGGAGGGAGGCUGACGAAGUAGCUGCCCGACUACAGGCUGAGACAGAUCCGUUGGAGGAUGAUCUUAAAAACCCAUGGGAUUGAUGUCGUGAUGGCUUGAUCGUAUAAAGAAUGUGCUAGGAAAUAGCUCUACUUCGAUAGACUUGAGGAGCCUUUGUGGGAUGUACAGUAAAUGGCAGGUGACUACAUAUAAUAUUGCGUACAUAUAACUGGACACAUUUACCGUCAA